AUGCGCGAGAUCGUCCACAUCCAGGCUGGCCAGUGCGGCAAUCAGAUUGGAUCAAAGUUUUGGGAAGUGAUUUCUGACGAACAUGGAAUCGAUCCUACUGGGCAAUAUGUUGGCGAUUCGGAUCUGCAGCUUGAGCGCAUAUCUGUUUAUUACAACGAGGCAGGACAUAGUAAAUAUGUUCCAAGGGCCGUUCUGGUAGAUCUUGAGCCUGGCACGAUGGAUUCAGUACGUGCGGGACCGUUCGGCCAGUUGUUCCGCCCGGAUAAUUUUGUCUUUGGUAUGUUAAGCGCUCUGUUCCUUCUAUCUCGCGCUGUUUUUCCAGAAUGUCCACUACACAUUUUGCCUAAAAUUAUCUGACG